AUGGGUUCUAUCGACGAAAUAAAACCGUGGAUCACGGCAGGCAAUAUUUUGGGAGAAGGCCCGAUAUACCUUGAGGAUUCUAAAGAGUUGUGUUGGAUUGACAUAGCCGGAAAGUCUAUCAGCAGAAGUCGGAUUGAUGCAAAGGGAGGGCGAGAGGUUUACCCUUUGCCAGUCAUAUCAACUGUCCUCGCCGAGAUUGAAGGACGUCCAGACGAACUGAUUUUGGGAACGGAAAACGGCUUUGCUCUAUGGAAUUGGAAAGACAAGAGUUUCAGACCACUAGUGGACAUUUGGAAGAAUGACCCGGUUAUGGGCAAGAAAUCGCGUCUGAACGAUGGGAAUAUCGACUGUCGAGGCAGAUUCUGGGCCGGCUCGAUGAUUGGGAUGUUCGGGGCUGAUGAGACAGGCAACAGCUCAUUGUAUCGUCUUGACUCCGAUCUUUCUGUUCAUACCAUGCUGGAUGGCAUAUCAAUUGCGAAUGGUCUGGGCUGGAACUCUGACAAUACUGUCAUGUACUUUGCAGAUUCGCAUGAUCGAACCGUGUGGGCAUUCGAUUUCGACGCAGAGUCCGGCUCCAUCAGCAACAAACGGGCAUUCUAUAUCCACGAUGGCGAGGCCGUUCCCGAUGGUCUGGCAGUUGACGCCGACGGCAAUGUCUGGCUUGCGUUGUGGGAAGGCUACGCAGUCCUCCAGAUAUCGCCGGAAGGGGAGGUCAUUCGCAAGAUCGAUCUGCCAGUGUCUCGAGUCACCUGUCCGUGUUUUGGAGGCCCAGAUUUUGACGAACUCUUCAUAACGUCGGCGAUGUUGGAUCCUGAGAGACCAGUAGGCGUCGAAGGUUGCGUAUUCCGUCUCAAGGUUGGAGUCAGAGGUCGACCAAGGAAUAGAUUUGUGAUGGGAAAGGGCGUGACUGCACAAGACGAGCGGGAUUCCUCGUAA